AUGUUAGUUCCUGUAGCCGCCAAAAGAUGUAUGAUUCUGCGCAGUACUGCUUAUAAAUUGUUCAACAAAUUCAACGCUGGUAAUAGUACCGUUUUACUUGAGGGCUCUUUAAAGAAGAAAGCAAAUCGAGGAACAGCAAAGAAGAUAUUCCCUGAGCAUACUUUUUUUUUUGAUUCAUAUUCUGAUGAGCAUUCUUCAUCUACUGUCGAGACGGCGUGA